CGUGCGCAGUGUCUCCUCGGUCACAUGGGAAGGCGGGCGGUCACGUGAGCGGCGCGGGUCAGGAGGCUGUGUUUCCUGUGGUGCGCGGCCUCGCUCUCCCCUUCGCUCCGACAUGGGGUCCUUCAACGAGCUCUACUUUAACGUGGACAACGGCUACCUGGAGGGGCUGGUGAGAGGUUUCAAAGCCGGUAUCCUGUCCCAGGGGGACUAUCUGAACCUGGUGCAGUGCGAGACCCUGGAAGAUCUAAAACUCCAUCUCCAGAGCACAGACUAUGGGAACUUUCUGGCAAAUGAAGCCUCUCCACUCACUGUUUCGGUGAUUGAUGACAAACUGAAGGAGAAGAUGGUGGUAGAGUUUAGGCAUAUGAGGAAUCAUGCAUAUGAACCACUGGCCAGCUUUCUUGAUUUCAUCACUUACAGCUACAUGAUCGAUAAUGUAAUUCUUCUGAUUACUGGAACGCUACACCAGCGAUCCAUUUCUGAACUGGUUCCAAAGUGCCACCCUCUAGGCAGCUUUGAGCAAAUGGAAGCAGUGAAUAUUGCUCAGACACCAGCAGAACUUUACAAUGCCAUCUUGGUUGACACACCUUUAGCUGCGUUUUUCCAGGAUUGUAUAUCCGAACAAGAUCUUGAUGAAAUGAACAUUGAAAUUAUUCGUAACACACUAUACAAGGCAUAUCUAGAAUCAUUUUACAAGUUCUGCAAGGUAUUGGGGGGUACAUCAGCUGACGCAAUGUGUCCUAUUCUGGAGUUCGAAGCAGACAGGCGAGCUUUCAUCAUCACCAUAAAUUCUUUUGGGACAGAGCUGUCUAAAGAAGACCGAGCUAAGCUCUUUCCUCACUGUGGGAAACUCUACCCAGAGGGGUUAGCUCAAUUAGCCAGAGCAGACGAUUACGAACAGGUGAAGACUGUGGCGGACUAUUACCCAGAAUACAAACUGCUGUUUGAGGGAGCUGGAAGCAAUCCUGGAGACAAAACACUUGAGGACAGAUUUUUUGAACAUGAGGUUAAGCUGAACAAGUUGGCAUUCCUGAACCAGUUUCACUUUGGAGUCUUCUAUGCUUACGUGAAACUGAAGGAGCAGGAAUGCAGGAACAUUGUGUGGAUUGCAGAGUGUAUUGCACAGAGGCACAGGGCCAAGAUUGAUAAUUACAUUCCUAUCUUCUAAAUUCCCGUUUUGUCCUCAAUAUCUGAAGUACCAAUUGCAUUCACCUCCCUGUGCUGAUUUGCUCAAUAAGAGUGCGUUCAUUCGUAAAGUGUACAUUGAAUUUCUUGGGAUGUAUUCCUGAUAUUUAUCAGAUUUUUUUUGUUUUUAAAAAGGCAUUGUUAGCCUUGUCUUAUUUGUGAUCUGCUAUCUCUUAAAAGUAAUGUUGUACUAAGAAACUGCAGCUGCAGUUUCUAAAUGUCCCAGCUCUAUUGAUGUGCGUCACUUUUUAAGUUUGUGUUGUCACAAUAUGAACAUUGCUGCUUGUAUCAACAGUUGGAAAGGUUCUUCGAAGCCUGUUAAACUUAUUUGUGUACAAAUUAUCCAGGCACCUGACCCUUUGGAAACCCAGUCAGAUCACUGAUUUUGACUGUUACAGGACCCUACAGGGUGCUUUAUAUGUUUAAUUUCAGUGCCAUCUUCUGAUUGGAGACUUAACGUUAAAAGACCAGCAGAUAAAAGUAUCUAGGUCAACAUUACCUUUCUUCAAACACUCGAAUCACAAUUUUUAUAAGUACUUUUCCGUAUUAGGUGAUAGAUCUUUCUCUCGUAAGUGCAAUGUUUUGUUUUCAGAAAAUGCUCCGAACUGCAUUAAGUAGGUGGUACUAGGUCUUCUGUUGACGCAAUGUAUAUGAUGUAAUGCUCUCUGUCAUAGCUCCUCGAGCACUAAUUUCUGCAUGUGGUCCUUUAGUGGUAUUCCAAGCAUUUCUCACAAAUUGUUUACAAUCAGAAGAAAAAAAAGUGCUGGCUGAGCCCGUGUUCACCAAGACAGUUCUCAUUUGUCAUUUUAAUGCCUAAAAUGGGGAUAUUGAAAAAACAUGAUAGAUAAUUGAGUGCGGGCAGGCCUUGGAAUAUAGUAUUUGUAUGUGCAAUUUGGUAAGUCAGUGCAGUGUGUAGAAGACUCCCUUGAGAUGAGUGUAAUGAUUAGGUCUUGAUUCCGAUAACCUAUUUAUCUGAAACUUAAAUAAAUCUGUGACUCGUUGAACUGCUGUAUAUUGUAUCUGUGAUAAAAAAAGUCCUUUAUCUAAUAAAGUCAUAGCUGCUUCCUCGCAGAUGUAUUGGAAUUAAAUUUUAAAUAUUUAAAAUAUUGCCGUGAGAAAUUUAUGACCAGAUGUUCAAUAAUGCAUUGUGAAAUAUUGGUCUAUAAAAUUGUCCACUGACCAGUUGAAGAGAUUUAAUUUUAGUAUUUUUUUUCUUAUUUUCUAUUUUACAUUUAUUGCACCAUCCAAUGUGUUCCAUUACGUUUACUAUCCUAAGCUAAAACUUCUUAAACAGCUCAAUAAACAUUUACUAGCUAUUAAAA